ACUGUUAUUUCCUAAUUAUUAUUACUUCUUAUUUUAAUUUAGUUGUGUAUUGUGUAUUAUUAUUUUGGUUUUAAUUUAGUUCGUCCGGUUGGUGUUUCUGCUCUUGUUUGGCUAUGAGGGGUUUAAAAUUAUUUUAGGGUAGUUUCUGUCUGUACAGUUUUGUUACUUGCCUUGAUUUGUGUUUCAAUAAAAUUGUAGUGGUAGCAGUGAUUAGUAACAAAAACAACCCGAUAGUUCAGAGGUAACCAACCACAUUUGUACUCUCAUUGCAUGUUGGUGUCGUGUGAAAGCUUGCGAAAUCUCUGAAUGUCAUCCCAAUUGAGGUGAAUCGCUUUGGUAGUUCUGAGGACUUUUCCAACACAGUUUCUCAGUGACAUUUCUGCCAAGGUGUCAACAUCCGAAAAUUUGUUGUUAAGCAUCAACCAAUUAAAUGCAACAAGGUUAACUAACUUCAUUAUCUGAGUUGGCGAGAACUUGGCCUUCCGGUCUUCGCCUCAUCCUUUGGUUGCGGGACAACGGUCUUUCUCCUUAUUUUAGUCUGGCGCUCCAUGUUUGCAGGAUGACAAAUAUCUCCAAAAUGACGAUAGCCAGUCCAGUCACUGUAUAAACACUCGUUUUUGACAAUGAGGUCACGCUCUAGUGGAUUACAUAACAAAUCCAUGACUGUUCAGCUCAAGCGCGUUCCGGCUUAAUAAGGCGUUACGAGAGAUUUAGUAAGUAAUGCAGUUAGUAAAGCGAUAAGAAUUCAUCGUGAGUAAUGCGUAAGGGCUUACUAAAGUCUUACUAAGUGUUACUAAGAGCCACGUAAGUGAACGAUUUAUGAAGGCUUCGAGAAUACGGCCCCUACUUCUCAGAUCCAGUUAUUCCAUUGGAUAAUUGCAGUGACUGAAAGCUAUUGUACCUGUGCUUGUUUUGAUUGGUCUGAGGUCAACUCGGAAAACCAAUCAAAACACGGAUAUGGACAGCUUACUUUCAGUUGUCUGCAUGCCGUGUCCAAGUGUGUACUAUGUUUACAGCACAUGCAUGUGCAUGAUGUACAUUAUAUGUACAAGUUCAUGUACUUGCAUGUUAUGUUGGCAGAUAAUUUGACUAUGUAUCUCUAUGUGAAAUGAAUGUAGGUCAAAGGUGACGAUAAAAGCUGGCUGGAGGCCGUCAGAUGUUUAGGCUAAUGAUUACCCAGCCAGCCAGCCGUACAAACUGGCCACUUUGGAGCUAUUAUGGAAAUAUAAUUUUUUUGUUUAUGAACAAUAAAACAAUUUUUUUUAGUAAUUGUUUUGAAACCUUGCAUGGUGGAAAUCUCUAUAGAAAUGUUUGCAGUAACGCUCUCUGUCCUAACUCUAUACACCAUGUAAUGACUAUCUCUAAUGAGUUGGGGUGGUUCUGAAAAGAACCGUUGGUUUCAACUCAAAGUUUCGAUCAGUAUGUAGAAUUUCUAAUCGUUUUCGCACGACAAGUGCGAAUGCGCGGUAUUUUGUAUUACGUAACAGUGCUGACUAUAGUCUAUUUAGCUCACUAUUAAGCUCACUCUCGGUUCAACAGUCAGCCUAUACACACGUCCAAUUCCAACCAUUACACACUCGCAUUCCAUCUGCCACACCUUAGUUGACGUAACACUAUGAUGUCCGUAGAUGGUAAUCGGCCAAACCAAGGCAACCAGGAAAUCCUCCAGGCUAUCCAGGCACUAACCAACUCCCUUGACGUAAGAGUUGAAAGCGCCUGCAAGAAGCAGCAGCUCUCAGCAGACGUACCCACCUUUAAGAGAGAAGGUAAUAAGCAGCAGUACAACCACUGUGAGAAGGUUCUCUCACUAGUCGAACAGGCCGCACAGAGCAUCGACUCCAUCGACAUUGCCAAAGCCUGCCUAACCGACAUCAAAAAACUCGUAAAAGAACGGCAGAAGCUGAUUCGCAUCGCCGACCGAUCGGAGCUAGGUUGGGGUGUGGUGAAAGAGUACAUUGCGGACGACCUGGCGCAUCAAGCGUCGAAAAGCGGACCAAAAAGGCAGUGGGCAGCCGCAGCUAAGAGACCGGCGCCCAAAAAGAAACCAACCACUGGCAAAUAUGCACCACUUAUAUGUCUGCUUUUCCUACCAGGGCUCCUGCCGCUUUUCCUGCCCAACGACGACCAUUUUUUCGUCAAUACCGAAGCCUCCUCGACAACCGUUCCUGCUUCCAAUGCGGCUUUCACGGCCACGUUAGAUCAUCUUGCCCCUCCCUACAAGCUCUCCAGCGUCAACACGGACAACAAGGAUCAAGACCAACCGAUACCAGGAACGUCUAGAGAGUGCGAACACAGCCAGGGCCAUUCCGGGGCUCCCAAAGGAGUUAAAGUAAAACUCAAACCAUGUCUUCCUUUUUGGAAAAACGUUCUAAAAGCCAGCGAAUUUGUCGUUGGUGUGAUUGAAUCAGGCUAUAAGAUCCAAUUUGUUGUGAAUCCUCCCCCAUUUUAUGCAAAAAAUCAACAGAUCAAGUCUUGAUCACCCUGCAUUUGUAAAAGCUGCUAUUUCAGAACUCUUUCGAAAACAAUGCAUUACAGAAGUGGAUACAUUACCCCAUUGUUGUAACCCCCUUACCGUUGCAAAAGGAAAGAAACUUAGACUGGUCCUCGAUCUCCGCCACCCAAACCAAUUCAUAUUCAAAACAAAGUUCAAGUACGAAGACCUCAGGCACAUAUCACAUGUACUGGAUUAUGAUCAAUACUAUUUCAGUUUUGAUUUAUAAGUCCGGUUAUCAUCAUGUAGAUAUUUUCCCGCCACAACAAACUUAUUUAGGUUUCACUUGGCAAUUUGAGCAUGGCCCUAUGAGAUAUUUUGAAUUCUGCGUUUUACCUUUCGGCCUGUCAAGCGCAUGCUGCUUGUUCACUAGGCUCACAAGACCAUUAGUCUACCAUUGGCGGGCGCAAGGGAUUUGUUCAUCCAUGUGCAUCGACGAUGGUUUAAUUGUUUCCCCCAAUCUGCUUUCAGCAUUGCGUAAUUUAGUAAUUGUCAAAGAAUCAGUUAUCCUCAGCAGCUUUGUCCUCAGCAAAACAAAGUGCAUACGGCAACCACAAACUUCAAUCACUUACCUCGGCCUCAUCAUAGAUUCCAGCGCACUCGCAUUUUCGGUUCCAGCCGCUAAAAUUGCAAAGCUUCAAGCGAUUCUUCACGACACAUUAUUAGCUCAUCACCAUGCAAACCCAUUCAAUCCAGAUCGCUAGCACACGUCACAGGCAAACUAAUUUCCAUGAGCUUCGCCCUAGGCCCAGUUACCCACCUUAUGACACGCGCCAUGUAUCGCACUAUAGAGGGCAGAUAUUCCUGGUCAGAUUGCGUCCACAUUUCAUACCCCGUAGCCGCAGAGCUACAAUUUUGGCUAACCAAUCUUGACGCGUACAACACCCCAACAUUCCUGUGCUUAGCUCUGCGCAUUGAUCAUAGCCGUAACCCCAGACAAGUCUUGAAAGGUUUUUGCUGCUCAGAACUCGGCUAUUGCCAGAAGUGCAUAUAAUUAAUAUGCACAAUUUGGAACGUUUUUUAACAAAGGAUAUGGCCGAUUUGAGGCUUGUGAACGGCUAUUUGCCACUCAACCGGCAAUUUGUCGCCGGCCAAGUAUAUUAUUGACUAAUCAGUGUGCUAUUUGAUGUAUGCUGUUUUCGUUCAUUUUGCAACGCACCGUCACAUUACUUUACCCUUUCUUUGCCGUCCUCGUUAGCAAGGUUGACUAGCAACUUCACCAAAAGUUCACCAAAACCAAAUGUUUGAAUUUGUGAUUAUUGUGUUUGUUUUUUAUUUGUCCACUUGAGGUAGAAAUAGAAUAGAAAUAGACUUUCUGACGUAAGAAUGGAGGAAGAAAGCUCUUUCUCCAGAAGACGAUCAGAGCAUACUGAUCAAAACGUCGAGUUGAAACCAACGGUUUAUUUCAGAACCACUCCAACUCUUUAGACAUAGUCAUUACAUGGGGUUACUGCAAACCUUUCUAUUUAAUUGUUUGUCACGAUUUAUAUGUUUAAAUAAGGGAAUCAAUGUGUGGU